GGUGCCUCGUCUCCAGACAUGGAGUCCAGCUAUGGGGGAGGCCUGCUGGACAUGGUGAAAGGGGGAGCAGGGAGGCUCUUCAGCAACCUCAAGGACAACCUGAAGGACACCCUCAAGGACACCUCCUCCAAGGUCAUGCAGUCUGUUGCCAGUUACACCAAGGGAGAGCUGGACAUUUCCUACAUUACCUCAAGGAUCAUAGUGAUGUCUUUUCCUGCUGAGGGAGUGGAGCUGGGGUUCAGGAACCACAUUGAGGAUGUCAGGACAUUCCUGGAUUCCAGGCACCCCGACCACUACACCGUGUUCAACUUGUCACCCAAAUAUUAUCGCAGUGCCAAGUUCCACAACAGGGUGUCUGAGUGCAGCUGGCCCGUGCGGCAGGCGCCCAGCCUGCACAACCUCUACGCUGUCUGCAAGAACAUGCACAACUGGCUGCAGCAGAACCCCAAAAACGUCUGUGUCAUCCACUGCAUGGACGGCCGUGCAGCCUCAGCAGUUCUGGUCAGUGCAAUGUUCUGUUUCUGUCACCUCUUCUCUCAUCCUGGCCCUGCUGUGCAGCUGCUGAACACAAAGAGACCUGGAAUUGUACUGUGGCCAUCUCACAGGAGGUACAUAGGAUACAUCUGUGACCUAAUAGCAGACAAACCUGUCAUCCCCCACUGCAAACCACUGACCAUCAAGUCGGUGACCCUCAGCCCCGUGCCCUGCUUCAACAAGCAGCGCAACGGCUGCCGGCCCUUCUGCGACAUCCUCAGCGGCGAGACCAGGAUCCUCAGCACCUCCCAGGAGUACGAGAGGAUGAAAGAAUACCGUGUGCAGGAAGGGAAGGUCCUGAUCCCCCUGGGAGCCACUGUCCAUGGAGAUGUUGUUGUCUCUGUCUACCACAUGAGAUCCACCAUCGGGGGACGCCUCCAAGCCAAAAUGACCAACACACAAAUAUUCCAAAUUCAGUUUCAUACUGGAUUCAUAGCCCUGGGAACAACCACUCUCAAAUUCACCAAGCCUGAGCUGGAUGCCUGUGACUCUCCAGACAAAUAUCCUCAGCUCUUUCAUGUUAUACUGGACAUAGAAAUCCAGUCUGCAGACAGACAAACUGAAUUAACUCCCCCAUGGGAGAACUUCACGACAAAAGACAUCAAUCCCUCCAUUCUCUUCUCCUCCCACCAGGAGCACCAGGACACUCUUGCUUUGGCAGGUAGAGGUGCCACGGAUUCCCCCCAGGAUAACAUCAGGAACGUUGGGCAGAGUGCAUUCUUCUCCUCUCUCAGCUGGCAAGAUCAGAAAUCUGACAAAAGUAGCUCUCACCCCACCUCAGAGGAUCGAGCAGCGUUGGUGCAUGAGGAAAGCGAACAGUCAGAUGACGAACUCUUGUCCCUUUCCAGUCAGCACAGUAAUGCCAGCGGUGACAAGCCCCACGGGACACCCAAACACAGCAAAAAGCAGCAAGAGCCUCCAGCAGCACCUCCCCCCGAGGACGUGGACCUGCUGGGCCUGGAUGGCAGCCCCAUGAGCAAGAGCUUUCCCUCGCAGCCCAGCGCUGCCCCCUCUAACUCUGACCUGCUGAAUGAUUUGUUUGGGGUGUCCCAGAGCCCUGCUGCAGCUGCUGCUGAGGAGGUUUUCCCCGUGGGGGGACCCGGAUCUGUGCACUCGACCCCGCGGCGCUCGGCAGCUUCGGCGUCGCCGUCGCCGUCGCCGAGGGUGGCAGAAGCCACUGCCUUUGAUCCAUUUGGAAGCAGCCCCAAGCAAGCUGGUCCAGACCUCCUGGGUUCCUUCCUUGGCUCAUCAGCUGGCCCUGGGGAUCCUUUCCUUCAAGCCACAAGAAGCCCUUCCCCAACUGUGCACAGCGAUCCCUUUCACAUGGCUUCGAGCACUCCAACUGUUUCCAUCCAACCAGAUGUUUCCAGUGGUUGGGACUGGCCCAAUAAAGCAGGUGGUUUAGGAAUGGGAAGUAAGUCUGCUGCCACCAGUCCUACAGGAUCCCUCCACAGCACUCCCACUCAUCAGGCUAAACCCCAAACACUGGAUCCAUUUGCUGAUCUGGGAAGUCUUGGAGCGAGUUUAGCAGCCCAGGCGGAGCGGGGGAAAGGAGCCGCUGGUGUCGAUUCCAAGCCAAAAGUGUCUGCAGAUUUUGAAGAUUUAUUAUCUGGUCAAGGGUUUAAUGCUCACAAGGACAAGAAGGGCCCCAAAACAAUAGCUGAGAUGAGAAAAGAAGAAAUGGCAAAGGAGAUGGACCCUGAAAAACUAAAAGUGCUGGAGUGGAUUGAAGGGAAGGAGAGGAAUAUCAGGGCACUGCUGUCCACCAUGCACACGGUGCUGUGGGCAGGGGAGACCAAGUGGAAGCCUGUGAGUAUGGCAGACCUGGUGACUCCAGAGCAGGUGAAGAAGGUGUACAGGCGGGCUGUGCUCGUCGUUCACCCCGACAAGGCUACUGGGCAGCCAUAUGAACAAUAUGCAAAGAUGAUAUUUAUGGAGCUAAACGAUGCCUGGUCAGAAUUUGAAAACCAAGGACAAAAACCCUUGUAUUAGGUACUUUCUCAGCCUCCACUCCAGACCCGUGCUAGUGCUUAUAUAGUCUCUUGUCACAAAUGUCACAGAUCAACCAAACUCUGGCUGGAAAUUCAGAAGUUUCAGAAAACUAAGAGCCUAAUACUUACCAUGAAGAGCACGAGAAAGGUUUCCUAACACUUGUCUCCAGAAUUCUGAGCUCAGAGGAACUCUGGUCACCUGGCUCACCUUACCAGAGCCAUAGGGUUACAGCUUCUGGUAACUUUUCUAUUUUAUUUUGGAUUCCAGUGGGACAAGAGAGAACACAUACUGGAAAAAGGUGGAAUUGGUGUGUCUCCAACAAAGUGUAGCUGGUGAA